GGUGAUAGAAUGAACGCUCACGUCGCCCAAAUGAGCAUGACUGAAUUUGUUGGCUUUUUGGUCUUCAAGCUAAUUUUGGCUGUUUAGUCUUUUCCUCUGUCAUUACAAAAGAAUUUAAAAGCGAGAGAUGACAGGCCAUAUAGAUUUAGUUAGCUCACAGCUAUAGAAGGCUUUUCACAGUUGACAAGCAGACAAAGACGCCGAAGACGAAACAGAAGCACGAGUCUGAAGAAAAAAGCCAUGGGAGCCAAAACCAAUGAGCUUAUCUAUCUAAUCUGGAAGUCUCAAACAUACUUUGGUCAGCUUCAAGUUGGUGUAUGGUUCGUUUCGUAUUUGGUAACUUUAAUAGGAUUGGAAGUAUUUCAUUCCCGAGGCAGUUAUCUUAUUUGCAACGGCACAACAGAGUAUAGUGUAAAGUGUCCUGACAGUGACAGCCCCGCUUUGAAAAUGCAACGGCCUUUCCUCAGAGUAUAUGGUGGUGUUUAUUUUGCCAUUUGGCUGAUUUACACUCUUUACAUUGUUCCCAGGCUUUGGCGAUUCCGCAGGAGAAAAAGCACGACACCAUUAUGUGGUCUUUACGCCGUGUAUUGCUUGCAACUCUUCGCCAAACUUCUUUACAACGUUAUCAUGCUUUUCUUUUACAUUUCCCUUGUCUUUUACACGUUCCCAGUUCGACUAGACUGUGUCGUUCAGAAUUCUUUUGGUCCAAGUAUCACUUGCACCGAUAAGUUUCGAGUAGCGAAAUCUGCGCUGCAGACCACAGUCUUGCUCGUCAUUGUGGUGUUAACAUUUUUCUCUUUAGUUGAAUUCGUUUUCCUGUUGUGUCUUACAAGGUCGAGAAGUAGAACAAUCUUCAUUGGAGAUGCAAACCAACAGACUGAACACCUUGAUAAUGGCUGCUGGUGUGAAUGUGUUAUGCCAACAGAUCGACAGUUUGGCUUCUUUCGCCUCUACUUGAGCGAGGUCAGUGAGCAUCGCGAGCUUUCGUGCGUGUGUGUAAACCCAUUAAGAAAAUAUCUGGUUGACAUGAGGAAUAUUUACUCGACAAAAACAGAAUAUAUCGACCAUUCUCCUCUCGACGACGUCGAUAACUUGAAACUGGACGAUAUGUUUACAAGACCAGUGUUGUCAGGGGUGAAAUGUUCCAAAACUAUGGCAAAAAAAUAUUCAGUUGAAAAGAAAUCAACGAGCCUGGAGGGCAUCGGUAAUAUUUCGAUAACAGGCAAGGCAGGAAUGGGAAAGACCACCUUAGCUCAAAAAAUCGCAAGAAACUGGGCAAAGGAAAAGACCUCACUCUCCUCACAGAUCAAGAUUCUGCUUUGCUUGGAUUUUAAAGCUCUAGAAGAUUCUCCUGGCGAAGGGAUUUCCUUCGAGGAUUUAAUCCGCCGUCAGGUUUCUUUAGAUCCUCCAGAAGACCUUCUUGAUUUUGUGAAAAGCAAUCCCAACGCGACGCUAAUCGUGGUUGACAACGUCUGCAAACCAAAUUCUGGAUGCCAGGAAUCUGACUUCCGCGAUAGUUUUGAAGAAAAGAUGCCUUUUUCAGCUUUGUUGAAAAAGCUUGUGACUGGAAAAAUCUUAAAUGGUGCAACAGUUUUAAUUUUGUCCAGGCUUACAGACAACAGUGUUGCAGAUUUUUUCGGCGUUGCAAGUCAAACAGAACUCAUGGGAUUUUCUCCAAGUGAAAUCAAGGGAUACAUUGAGAAGUAUUUUACAAGCAGUGACGAUUGCGAAGACGACGAGUUGGCUACUGCCAAGUUGAAAGACAAUUUGACAGAUAACACACUUUCCAUAUGUUGUGUUCCACUACAUUGCCUCUACAUGUGCACUCUUAUGAAAUGGUUACGAAGAUCCGAUCACGCAAUUGUUUCAGAGACCGCAGGAAACCCUCCUGAAACCAUCACAGAACUUUACAUUGGCAUAGCACAAAUGAUUUCCUGCUUGCAACAGACUACCAGGGAGCCGAUCAGCCUGAGUGCAAUGGAAAUACACACGCCAAGCUUACAAAAUAAUGCUGUAGAGCCCCCUGCAGAGGACUCAAGGUCACCACUGCAAAAUGCCACCUCACCCACUCAAAGUCCCAGAUUUUCUUCCUGGGGACCCACCCAGCGAAAAACGUCGUCAAAAACCCAGUUUGCUCUUCAUCACCUUGCGGAAAUUGACGCAGAAGUCUGCUCUCUGGCAAUGAAGAGUAUUGACGAGGAUAUGACUGUGUUUGACGUUGAUUACCUUCGCUCCCACAUGUUAUCCGAGGAAGCAAUUUCGAAGUAUUUCAAGAGAACGAGACAAUCCGAUGAUUCUGAAAAGGUGCAGUUCACUUUCCGAUGCGACGAUCUUCGGGAAUUUCUCGCAGCCUACUUUGUUGUGUUGGACAGGUCAUUUAAAAGGCUCAAGAGGUUAGUAGAGCAAGUAAAGAAUGAGGGUUCAAGAAAGCAGGACCGAGUGCUUCAGUUUGCUUACGGUCUGCAAUUUAGUGAUUCACAGGCCUCAGACAAAAACAAGAAAGAGAUGAUUGAUCUCGUCAAAGGGUUAUACAGCGUGUCUCCGACCGAAGACAUAAAGAGGCAAAAAGAACUUCAGCUCGUUAUGAUAAAAUGUGCGGCUGAGAUAAAGGAUGAGAAGAUCUCACGUGAGGUGGCGAGCAAGAUGAUUCCUAUCGUUGAGUUUUCUGGCUGUGAGAUUGGAGUUGCAGAAUGCUCUGCUCUUGCAAAUGUGUUAGGGACGUCACCAUUUGCUUCCAUCAGUGCCGUCGAUUUAUCGGAUAACAAAAUCAGCGUGAUGGGCGCACGUCAACUCACACAGAAACUAUUGCUUCCUGGUAAGGGCCCAACAAAGGAGUUAAAUGUGCAAGGGAAUGUUCUGGGUGAUGAAGGACUUCAAGAACUUACCGAAGCUCUUAAGAAAAGGGAAUGUAGGCUGAAGACUUUAAACGUCGCUGACAAUUACAUUUCAAGUGAUGGUAUUUCAAAGUUAUCGUCAGCACUGGAGUCAAACACUUGUUUGGAAGAGUUGAACCUAAGCUGUAAUCAGAUCUGUAGUCAAGGCGUUGAACAUCUAUCAAACGUUCUACAAGUCGAAAAGGGUAAAAUCUCCAAGCUGAAUCUAUCCUGGAACGAUAUUGGAGACGACGGAGUGACUCGUUUGGUGUCAUUUAAACAAAGCACGCUAAAUCUUGCUUGGAACAACAUUGGCAUGAGAGGCGUUCAUUCCCUCAUCUCAAUAUUUCACACGUUAAACAAUCUACAAGAACUUGAUCUGAGUGGAAAUAACAUUGAGUCUGUAGGAAUAGAAGCACUGUUGCCUUGUUUCAUGGAUGCAAACUGCAAGAUAAGGUGUCUGGAGCUGAACCACUGCCAAAUACAAGACGAGGGAGUCAUCCACUGCUUAAAGAUUUUAAACUGUUUGCAAAAUCAAAUCACACGAUUAGGCCUCGCUGGAAACAACAUCACAAACGCUGGGGUAGAGAAAAUAGCAGAAGCUCUGACUUCGUUAGAAUGCAGGGUUACCAUUCUAAACUUGAGCUCCAACCUCAUCGGUGACAGUGGAGUGGAAAGUCUUUCAAAAAGCUUGAGUAGCCCAAACUGUGGCCUCCAAGAACUUGAUUUGAGCCACAAUCAGAUUCAAUGCAAGGGUUGCAAAUGUUUGGCCGAAGCAAUCAGAAAGCCCAACUGUUUAGAGUGUUUAAACCUUGAAGGUAACCAUAUCGGUAAUGAAGGAACUGCAAAACUGCUGUCUGCGCUCAGGAUCCACAACAACAAGCUCCACACUUUGGUGCUGGUUGCAAAUGACAUAGGUGAUGAAGGCAUCGCUGGCUUACCACAUACGUUCCGAAGUCCUCAUUGCAAGCUGGGUCGUCUUGACUUGGGGAGAAACAUUAUCAGUCGUACCAGUAUCGCAACUGUAAGCGAGGCAUUGAAGAGUCCCUUCUGCCAUCUGGAACAUCUGCGCCUGAAAGAUUCUCGAUUAAACGAAUCAUUCGAGGCAAAGGAAAGCGUUAGAGCCACUAAGCUGACUGAUACAGUAUAAGAUGAUGAUUUUCGCAUUCUUUUCAGAGUUUCAUCAUCGGAUCGAUAGCAGUUACUGAGUCAUUUAAACCACUCUUAGUUGCCAUAGAGUCGAACUUAGUCCCCUGUAAUCGCAUUGACAUCGAGUUGUGUUGACCUAGAGAUAGUCUGCGUGGUCUAGCACAGUGCUUGUGGUCUUUACCACAAUUGGCAAUAAUGUCACAAUCUGAUUGGUCAAUUUGCCGUCAUCUAUAAGAGUACAGACAACGCUACUUGCAUCAACGUGUCGCGCAACGUGUCUCGUACUGAAAGAAUCGUUUUAUUGACGUCGAUAUUGUGGUAAAAAAAAAAUCGAAAGUGGUCGUUUAGCGAAGUCUGUACUCUUAUACUUCUUAUCGACAACGACAUUCGUCAUCACAGUGGUCAAAAUGUUGUGACGAAUGUCGUUGUCGAUAAGAGAACAGACCACGGUAAACUACUUGCGAUUUGUUGACCUUUUUUUUCGGAAGAUGAUGAUUAAGACGGCUCAAGAUUUGAUAGUAACUUGUUGUCAUACCUGUGCGUAGACAUUUCAGUUUUCUCUCUCGUAGUCUUAGCUUUCAGUUCUCGUUUGUUUGAGGAUUUGAUAAUGGUAGCCAAGUAAUUGAUGAACGGAGAGCGAUGAGUACAUACUACACUGAAAGAUCACCUUGUGUUGUUUGUAGUUUCUUCCAGGCUUAGUUUCCCGAGCGAUCCAAGUAAUCUGACUCAAAUCUAAUUAGAAAACGCUACACAGAAACUCUGUUCGAUAAUUUGUAUUGAUGAUUUUAUGAACUGCAGGCACGAAGGAUCUGUUGAGAUAUCAAAGAACUCUAACCUCUUGAGCUGAAAGUAAAAGAAUAAAGACAGGAAUAUCUCACAA